ACUUGUACUUUAACUAUAUUUAAAAAUGGGGAUGUUGAACCUGCAGCGUCUGAGCUACCUGCAGCGUCUGAGCUACCUGCAGCGUUAACAAAGAAACAGAUGAAGAUGAUGAAUGGUGCUGGACUGAUGUAAAUGUAAGGUCUGCUCCUGAGUCUCCCAGGCUCAAAUCCCAGCUGUGGAGGAAAAGGUGCAGGUAGCGUGGACACCUUCAGGAUGUCUGAUCUGCUGCAGUCCCAGCCUGUCAUUUGUGUUCAUUUUUUAAUCAGCGUAGGCUCUUUUGAAUCAUUUGCACAGGAACAGAUGGGACCUGCACCUCUUGACUGUUUCACAGACAACCAUCACGUACUGAGAGUUUUUCCUCCACGUCACAAAUGUUCCAUUGUUCUUGUGAUGGGUAAAUAAUAAGUAAACAGCUCUAGUUAUGGCUGUUUUGUAGCUUCAACACAAACGUGGAAAUGUUGUAAUCAAGGCACCAAAUAACGAUAAAUGCGCUGCAGGAUCGGUGUGGUGAAAGAGUUGUACUGCCAUCUGUGACAUGAGAAUAAACUCAUUUGUUACAGACGUGGAACAAAUGGCUUAAAUGAGCAUUUUGGGUCCAAGCAGUCCCUGCUGCAGAGUCGGGGACAGUCAUCCUCCAUGAGGGUGGGGUUGUCCUGGCAGUGACGAAGCAGGGACCUGGUGGAGCAGGCUGGGCAGCCUGGCCUGUGAUGGAGUGCUGGGUGGGGAGCGUGCCCCUUCCUCCACCGCUGAACACGUGCUUCACGGAGCUGUGAGGUGGGUCAGGGCUGGGACAGCUCUGCUGCUGGGUCAGACUGGCUCGUUCGUGCAUCCGAGGGACAGCAGGUCACAGCACAGGAGACUGCUGCCUGCUCUUAUCACUCAGCCCCCCCGCCGCAGACAUCAUCCUUAUUCAUGGUGCUUUCUUAUCUAUACAAAUAAUAAGACACAGUAGUAACACAUCCUAAGACAAAGGCCAACUUCUGCUCUCCUUUCCAAAGAGAAAAUCCACAGGCUGCCGUGUGGGAGGAGGGACCAGGAAGAGGUUUAUCGUGGUCAACGCUGUCGUCCUAAUCCGCUCUUAGGGGAUAGAGGCUUAGUGGGACCUCAGGUUAGGUUGAUCACAACUUGUCUCAGACACAACCAUCCACACGAGCAAGGCAUUCAUUGGUUUGCACGCAUGAGUUAUUUCACCCUCAGAAGUCUGUUCUCUUCUUAGUUGUGCCGGAUUCAUUGAAGCAAACGUUUCUGUGGGCAGGUGUAGAGGCAGCAGCUCUGUGGACCUCAGAGAGCACACCUGCCACACUCCAGCUACACACUAGCUGUUUCUUUCUUUGUGUUUCUUUAAUUCAACCAAGACUUCUGAAGAUGAAAGACCGCCUGGCUCAGCUGAAGGAGAAGAGCGAUGCAGGUGGUGAUGAUAUUGAGGUUCCUGUGGAGAGUGAGGCUUUCAUGGAUGAUUUCUUUGCUCAGAUUGAAGACAUCCGCAGCAGUAUUGACAAGAUUGACGAGAGUGUUACAGAAAUCAAAAAACUCUACUCCACCAUCCUGUCUGCCCCGACCUCCGACCAGAAAACACAGGAUGAUGUCGAGGCUCUCACCAAUGAGAUUAAAAAGUCGGCCAACAACGCAAGAAACAAACUGAAGAGUAUCGAGCGCCAGCUGGAGUCAAACGCCGACGAGAGGGCCUCGGCCGACCUCAGGAUACGCAAGUCACAGCACGCCAUUCUGGCCAAAAAGUUUGUAGAGGUGAUGACAAAGUACAACGAGGCUCAGGUGGACUUCAGAGACAAGAGCAAGGGACGGAUCGCCCGCCAGCUGGAGAUCACUGGAAAAACAACGACUGAUGAGGAGUUGGAUGAGAUGCUGGAGGGAGGAAACUCUGCAGUCUUCACAGCAGGGAUCAUGGACUCUAAGAUCAACCAGCAGGCCCUGAAUGAGAUCGAGGCUCGUCACAAAGACAUCAUGAGGCUGGAGAGCAGCAUUAAAGAACUCCACGACAUGUUUGUUGAUAUUGCCAUGCUGGUUGAGAACCAGGGUGGGAUGAUUGACAGAAUCGAAAGCAACAUGGACCAGUCGGUGGGCUUUGUAGAGAGAGCCGUGGCCGACACCAAGAAGGCUGCCAAAUACCAGCAGGAGGCCCGCAGGAAACAAAUGAUGAUCUUCUGCUGCUGCGUGAUUUUGGCUGUCGUCCUGGGUUCAUUUGUCUACAGCUUCAUCAAAUAGAGACCCUAAUGAAGAAAGUCUCCCACCAUCUGAGGCCACGGGAGGCCGCAGGACACUCAGUUUGCUCUAAUUUCAUUACAUAUCAGGAACAAAGCGCCACAUUUAUGAUCAGUUCAAUCAGAAAAACAUGACGACAGCUUUCUUCUUCAUGGCCUCGCUCCAGUCUGUGUCCCUAACCUGUCCAAUAACAAACUGAAUAUGACUGUGUGCACAAAACAGAAAAGAAAAGCUGGAGACCUUUCAGUGCAGCGACCGACACGUCAAUAAUCCCACCAAGAAUGUCCACAUCAUAGGGCUACAUGCAUGUUUAAUGUGUUAGCAUCAGCUCAUCGUUACUUAGCUGUGCUCAGUGCAAAUGUGUGUGAUACGUCUUACUCUAACCCUGCUGCAGUUGUUCUGCUGUGGAGCGAUUUUUCAGAACCAAACUUGGAAUUUGAAAAUGUGCAGCAUGAAAGGUCACCAACAAUCAGGGCCAAGCCUGUGAAUUACUGAGUGUGACUGCUAGCAUGCUCCAUUUCAUUUUCAUUCACUGAUUUGUCCUCUUGUCAUAUCCAUAUUCAGGAAAGUGCACCUGAUUUGUAAACAACUUUUGAAUAAUGCAGCCAUGAAAAGCUUUUAUUAGGAAGAUUAGCUGUUGUGUUGCUGUGUAAGGAAUAAACAGCAGAGGGUGUCCAUUAAUAUUAGAGUGAUUACAGCAGGUGCUGGUACCUGACACACCUGUGCUGUAGACUGCAUCCUGCCCAUGUCCACAGCAGGCCCGUCGAGAGGCCUUUAGGAUUCACAGUAAAAAUCCACAUAGUGAGCUUUUAACCUUGAAGUGAUUAAAAAUGGCUCAUCUUAGAUGGUGUGACUCAGGAACUGAUGUUCAUUUUAAAUGUGUAAGAUUAGAAAUACAAAUCAUUUGAUGAUUCAGGUAUUUGGUUUAGAUCGUUGUUAUUUGUGUUUAUUACGACUGAACUCUCAUGUUUGUAUAAUGUGCUUGUGUGUCUGUUUUUAUGCUUGUUAUGCUUGCACUUGCUCUGACCCACACUGUGAUGUUGGAUGCAGUACAGCCCACUCGUGAACUGAGAGCCUGCUCUCCUAUAUCAAUAUUUUUGAAAAUGUGUAUUCCAAUAAAAUUCCAAUUGGAAGUUUACUGAGGCGUCUGAACAAACUGAUGGCAGACUCUUUAGUUGCGCAGUGUGUUCAGAAAAAUAACCUGGAAGAUUUGUCCUGCCGGGAGAGGUCAUCGAUAGUCGACAGGCAGCUGUUGUGUGACAAUGAACUAUCACAGAUUUUAUUCAUCUUCAAAUUUGAUCCUAGGACCGCUAAAUAUCAAAUUCCGGGGAUUGAGGUGUGCAUUCACAGGGACACGCUGUUAGGUCUGGUCUGCCGAUGCUUCCAGCGCUUCAUCGUUAGCUUCUUUGUACACGCUGUGUGUUUGUGUCUGCUGCUGACUGAAGGCCGUGGCUCUGAGCACGGCGAACUAUUUAUAAAAGUGCAUCGUUUGUAGUUUUCUUCACUUUUUGAAUAAAAAUCAAUCUGUCAGUUA